GGAGUUGUCAGACAGUCAGAGCUGCUGAUCACACUGCUGGACAAUAUUACAAAGAGAGAAUGUGGCUAUUCUCACCUCUGUAGCAUAGCUCUGUAAAGCCUCCGCACUGGGGACAUCUUAUCAUCUACUGACUGAUUGAUACUUUAUUGAUCCUCAAAGGAAAAUUCAUCAUGAUGUUUCCACUUGAAGAGAUGAAGACCACCUGUCACUGUUCAGGUUACCGGGAGCAACAACAUCAGCCUCACACCAUCCUGUACAAUAUCCUGAGCCGGGCGGAUAGUAACUACAACAACAACAACAGUCUGAUCAACAACAACCACGUGAACCAGUAUGAAUACAACAUGAUAAAGCCUCACAACUGUCAUUGCGAGCGGCGACGGGCAGUGUGUCUGAAGAACCCUGAGGGAACCUGUCAGGUGGUGUCUGAUGUUCUGGUCAAAACCAUCCGCUUCAUGAAGAGUUUACCCUCCUUCAGUCAGCUUCCAGUGGAGGAUCAGCUAUCUCUGCUGAGGGACUGCUGGGUGCCCCUGUUCUCUCUGGGCCUGGCCCAAGAACGGACUGUGUUCGAGGUGAUGGAUGUACCACAGGCUAGCAUGCUGAGGAGGAUUCUCCUUAACAGUCAGAGGCCACAGAGUGAGGAAGAGCAAGAGGAGGAAGAUGAGGGGAAGAGGUCUCUGCCCACGCUGGCUGGGGUGCAUAAACUCAGAUCCUGUCUGAACAGACUGUGGACUCUGAAUCUCAACCCAAAGGAAUAUGCCUAUCUGAAGGGUGCUAUGCUGUUCAAUCCAGAUGUCCCAGGACUGAGCACCACUGUAUUUAUCAACAGUCUCCAACAGGAGGCCCAGAGAGCUCUACAGGAGGUUGUCCUGACCCUUCACCCAGGAAACUCGGGUCGAUUCAGCCACAUCCUACUAUCGACUUCUGCCCUACAGGCUGUCAGCCAAUCACUCAUCACAGAACUGUUCUUCAGACCUGUUAUUGGUCAGGCGAAUCUGUUUGACUUGUUAAGUGAGAUGCUGUUUAUGAGACAAGAGUACAGCUGAAAGUUUGUGCGUGUGUAUGGUGUAUGUGUGUGAAUUAUAUUUUAGGGUAUUUUCUACUGACAAAUAUGAAUGUGAAGAUUGCAACUAAGCAAUACAAGUUUUAUAAACAAAAUGUUUCAGUUUCUCUCUUCUUUACACAUAUUUAAUCACUCUUCUAUCAUUCAUUUUUGGCAUACAUCUGACAAUUUAUCAGUGGUGUGAUCAAAAUAAAUGAAGUGAGAGCUACUGUAUUUUCCACUGAUAGAAAAAUCAUGGACUAAUUGUACUGGCUCUUAGUAUGAUAUGUACUCUGGCUCCUACUAGUGGUUUUCUACAUGCAACUACAAACAUGUUGUGCUGUAUACCAUACAGGGAAGUACAGAAUGGAAAGUACCAAAAAUCCCUUGAGUGAUAUUACCUGGAAUUGAACAUUUCAACGCAUAAUAAGGGAGACAAAAUAUGGCAUUAGGCCAUGUAUUAAUACUCAACUAGCUCAACAAUGUGUAAACAGUUAUCCAUUUCCUGUAAACCUACCUCUUAUCAAUUUCCUGUCUAUGGCCAGAACCAGAAUAACCUGUUUUACAUGAACCAAACAUGUAGUCAGUCAUCUUCUUACAGUUAUUUGGUGGCCUGUAUUGUUUUGUCCUUGACAAAGAUAAAAGUAAUCCCCAGGGGGCACAAAUGAACACCCCAUCAGUGUGCACCUGCCAGAGAUGUCUGUGUAGCGUAAGUCUUAAAUGUGGGCCUGUUCAACAUGACAAAGCAUUACAGAACAUUCAGACAAACAUGUAUUGAGUAGAAUAAAAAAUAUGCUUGCCUUCCA